AUGUACGAAGGACGACCGGCCGAGGAUCGACGAGACCGCAACGCUCCUACUACUACUACUGCUACUCCUUCUCCUCCUCCUCCUCCUGCUACUACUCCGGCUGCUGCUCCUACACUUCUACAACAUCACCCAACCGUCCUUGUCAUCUCUCCGAACUGGUUCUUCAGGGACGUCGGCGCUACGCUCAACAAGUUUUGCGGCGAAAAAGAAGUGGACCAAGUGCUCUGCUUCAUUCGAACUGGGGAAUUGCCGUAA